AUGUCUAAAAGUGUCCUUCUUUUGGGGUCUGGAUUUGUCGCUCAACCAGUUGUUGACGUUCUGGCUUCAACCGAUAACAUUAACGUUACGGUUGCAUGCAGAACGUUGUCUAAAGCCCAAGAAUUAGCCAAAGAUUCUGGAUCUAAGGCAAUUUCAUUGGAUGUAACCAAUGAUGACCAAUUGGAUGCUGCUUUGAAGGAUCAUGAUUUGGUUAUCUCUUUGAUCCCUUACAUUUACCAUGCCAAUGUUGUCAAGAGUGCCAUUAGACUGAAAAAGGAUGUCGUUACAACCUCUUACAUUUCACCUGCUUUGAGGGAGCUUGAACCGGAAAUCAAGAAGGCCGGAAUUACUGUUAUGAAUGAAAUUGGGUUGGACCCAGGUAUUGAUCAUUUGUAUGCAGUCAAGACAAUUGAUGAAGUUCACAAAGUUGGAGGGAAGAUCAAGUCUUUCGUAUCUUAUUGUGGUGGUUUACCUGCUCCAGAAGAUUCCGAUAAUCCAUUGGGUUAUAAAUUUUCUUGGUCUUCCAGGGGUGUUCUAUUGGCUCUGAGAAACUCAGCAAAGUACUGGAAGGACGGCAAAAUUGAAGAAGUUUCUUCAGAAGAUUUAAUGAGCUCCGCCAAGCCAUACUUCAUUUUCCCAGGAUACGCUCUCGUUUGUUAUCCUAACAGAGACUCCACCACUUUCAAAGAACUUUAUGAAAUUCCAGAAGCUGAGACAGUUAUCAGGGGAACUUUGAGAUUCCAAGGAUUCCCUGAAUUUGUUAAAGUAUUGGUUGAUCUUGGAAUGCUGAAAGAUGAUGAGAGCGAAAUUUUUUCUAAGCCAAUUGCUUGGAAUGAGGCCCUACAUCAAUACUUGGGUAGCAAAUCUUCAUCCAAGGAAGAUUUGAUUGCAGCCAUAGAUUCUAAAACCCAAUGGGUUUCCAACGAAGAUAGAGAGAGAAUUUUGGCUGGUUUCGCUUGGCUCGGCUUGUUUUCUGAAAAGCCAAUCACACCAAAGGGAAAUGCUUUAGAUACCUUAUGUGCCACUCUAGAAGAACUUAUGCAGUAUGAGGAAGGUGAACGUGACAUGAUCAUUCUACAGCACAAAUUUGGCAUCGAAUGGGCUGAUGGUUCAGAGGAGACAAGAACAUCUACUUUGGUUGAGUACGGGAAGCCAGAUGGUUACAGUUCAAUGGCUGCUACUGUGGGAUAUCCUUGUGCUAUUGCCACCAAGCUUGUUCUCAACGGAACAAUUAAAGGUCCAGGAUUGGUGGCCCCAUACAGUCCUGAAAUCAAUGAUCCUAUCAUGAAAGAAUUGAAGGAUCAGUACGGUAUUUACUUGAAAGAGAAAACUAUAGGUUAA